AUGUGCGAAAUGGGUGCAAUUCCUCUGACGGAUGCCGAAUGGCUUUCCGAUGCCGUGUCCACGUUACACAGUGCCUAUGCUCAUCUUCAUCCAUAUAUGGCCGUCGUUCUUUGCCUAGCUGGUGAGUUUCUUUCAGAAAUGAUAUUGGUUUUUCAAGGUACCGUAAUGAAUGCCGUCACUGUUGUCGUGUUGACACGACCAUCGAUGCUAUCGCCAAUUAAUGCCAUUCUUUGUGCAGUAGCCAUUUNAACACGUACCGUAAUGAAUGCCGUCACUGUUGUCGUGUUGACACGACCAUCGAUGCUAUCGCCAAUUAAUGCCAUUCUUUGUGCAGUAGCCAUUUGUGAUAUACUGGUAAUGACGUCCGUUUUGGUGUUCGUCUAUCAUUUCCUCAUAUCAGCUAAUCUCAGGUGUGAUCCAGAGGAUUACGACAAAAAAUGGGCAUACUUUUUGUUUGCACAUUCGCAAAGUACCGUGAUUCUGCAUGCGACCAGUAUCUGGCUUACGCUUCCUCCAGAAAACUACAAACUCUAUAAUUCCUCCGUGAAGGCAAUCUUGCUUUGUGAAAUUUCAACGAUUUUGGGAAAUGAUUUCAAUCUUGACUAUUUUGAAGUACUUCUGGCUCAGAUCCGAGUCUAUACCAUAAAACGGGCAACGGCUGGUCCAUCAGAAGCGAUAUCAGCUCGAUCCACCGGCGGCAUAGCCCUCAUCACUCUUUGUGUCGUCGCCUUAGUGAAUAUACCGAAUUUUAUGACCUUUGAGAUAGUGGAAAUUGAUGCCGAACUUUGGCUUCCGUGCCUAACAUCAGCGACACAGGAAGAACUCAAAGAAAUGAGUUCAUCAGUAGUUGAUGUGAUAGAUUUGAGUCUGAAUGAAACGCAAGCGGGAUCAUACGGAAAAGUCUUCCAUGUACGACCUUCGGAAGAUGACUGCUUUCUGCUCAAGGUUGCAUUUUGGACAAAUGGUAUUUUCUUCAAAGUCGUACCAUGCACACUUCUCACAGUUUCAAUUAUCGCUCUUUUGAAGAUCAUUCGUGAUGUAUCUCAUCGGCGGAAAAGUCUUGCACAGGUGAUGAACAAAAAGCGAAUGCCUCGUGAUCAUACAACUCCUAUGCUUGUAGCUGUUCUUUCGAUAUUUCUCGUUGCCGAACUUCCUCAGGGAAUGUUACAUGUCUGUAAUGCCAUCUAUUCGAACGAAACCUUCUAUCAAAAGAUUUAUAUACCGCUUGGAGACCUGAUGGAUCUGUUGUCUUUGCUCAAUUCUGCUGUGAAUUUCCUUAUCUACUGUGCAAUGAGUCGAAAAUUCCGUACUGUCUUCAUGCAGACGUUCCUUUCCUGUCUACCGGAUCCACUUUAUCGAAAGUUCCUGAAAGAUUGGCCAGCACUGGCUGAACUGGAAAUGUCUCGGCAUAAACCAUCUGGUCUCACUGAUCUUACUAGGAGUGAGCAGGUAGGUGCUCAUGUGGGACGAAGCCUGGUUCAGGGCUACCUAACUUCGUUGGCUCUAACUUCACAUCGGGUCUCAGCAACUUCGAUGCUGAUCCAUGCAACUGCCAAAGAGAGCACAUCGAAAAUGUAUACAGGAAAUCUGCUUUCUGUCGACCCACCCCGAUCCAGAGCAGUUAGUUUUGACGCGCACCCGGCGACGGAUUUGAUGGCAAGAAAUAGUCUGGAAAUCCAUGAAAUCCGACUGGUAGUUCCCAAUAUGAACAAGCAAGAUCUCGGGUUCUUUUCGAAUACGAUGUCGAAGAUCCGUCACUUCUGGGAGAAUGGCACCAACGCCAUCGAAAGCAGCCCUCAACGUCGUAUCAAUCUGAUUAAAUGCGAAACUCAGUACUAA